AUGGCCACCACCUCGUCUGGCAACAGCCAGCCACCUCCGCCGCCGCCCACCGACGCUCUUCCUGCAGUCACCGAAAACGGCAACCGGGCCAGCAUCAUCAACAACAUCAACACCAACACUACCACCUUGGAAGCGACCUCGCGCCGCUCGUCCCUAGGCUUCUUGCGCCGUUCCAAGUCCACUGAACCGCUCUCCGAGCGCAAGGGCAGUGGCAGCAACAAAAUCUCCAGGAAAAUGAAGGAGCAGAUAAAGGAGGAGGAGCUGCGGCGCCAGCGCGAGUCCAUUCCCCAGCAGGCCCCUCGUCUCCCCGACCUCGCGCCCGCCCCAAGAAUGCAGACAUUCGGAGGCGAAGAGCGUCCUAUCAGUCUCGCGGUGCCCAGCAGUGCCACUGAAAGCCGUGCCAGCUCGUCGCACCACAGCAUGCCCCCCUCUGGAUUCGCGCAGGCAGUCGUUGAUCCCUACGCCAGGACUGAGAGCAUGACCCAUCGUGGCCGCUAUAGCUAUGCCAGCAGUGCAGUCAGCACCAUCAACAGCCCUCGCAGAUUGCGCCGGCGCAAAGACCCCACCCCCUACAAUCUCCUCGUUGUUGGCGCCAAAAACAGCGGAAAGACGUCUUUCCUCAAUUUCUUGCGCAAGUCUCUCGCCCUUCCUCCUAACAAGCACCCAAUCCGCUCGCAAGAAGAAAUCUUGGAAGAAAUUAAUUCCACGUCCAACUCCAACUUCAGGUCUCACUAUCUCGAGACGGAGAUCGAAGGCGAGCGACUCGGCCUUACUCUCUGGGACUCGGAAGGAUUGGAAAAGAAUGUAGCUGAUCUACAAUUGAGAGAAAUCACUGCAUUCUUGGAAAGCAAAUUUGAAGACACCCUUGCCGAGGAAAUGAAGGUGAUUCGCUCUCCUGGCGCUCGCGACACCCAUAUUCACUGCGUCUUUUUGAUUCUCGACCCGGUCCGUCUGGAUGCGAAUCUGGCUGCUGCCCAAAAGGCCGCUGAGAAGGCCAAUGGCAAUUUCUCUGCCUCUCGCGUGACUGGUAUUCUGGAUGAAGACCUGGAUCUGCAGGUCCUUCGCGUAAUGCAGGGCAAGACUGCUGUAGUGCCCGUUAUCAGCAAAGCCGACACCAUUACCACCGGUCACAUGGCCUACUUGAAGAAAGCGGUAUGGGACAGCUUGAAACAGGCCAGGAUUGAUCCAUUGGAGGUGCUUAUUCUCGAAGAAACGGAGGAUGAGGAAUCAGAGCCCUCUUUGGCCGAAAAGGACGAGGAUGAUGCCGCAGACGAGGCUGCUGAGGAAUCAGAGGACGGUGAAGCCGAGGAAGAUGCUGAGCCGGCCGACGGGCCAGCUCCCACCUCUCCUCGAGCCUCUCCUCCUCGGCCCCAACACCGAGCAAACAACUCAAUUUCGAUUACCUCAACCGCUGAAGUGCCUUUUAUUCCUCUUUCCAUCCUAUCACCCGAUCCUCACUCCCUCGAUUCGCCAGACUUGCCUGUUGGCCGUCAUUUCCCAUGGGGAUUUGCGGAUCCGUAUAAUCCCGAGCAUUGCGACUUUGUGAAGUUGAAAGAGUCGGUCUUCAAGGAAUGGCGCGCCGAACUUCGGGAGACCAGUCGUGAGCUGUGCUACGAGCGUUGGCGAACUAGCCGUCUGAACAUCAACAGCGCCACGCCUAAGAGACCAUUCAACAACACUGGACGCUUUGCACCGCCGAGCGGCCGCAUAACACGAUGA